AUGCUGAUCCAAAGCAUCCCGGCUCGGAAGCCGAUCAACGCGACGACGGCCAAAUCGCUGCGGAUUGUCGCGCCGUUACUUGUUGCUCCCGAAGACCAACUGCAUCCCAGAGCACGACCGACGCCCACAUCCAUCGCCAGUCAUGCUACUCCAAUAGCCUCUGCUGCUAGAAGUGCACCGGGCAUGAAGAGUCGGGCGGGCUCGACUGCAGCUGCUGGCAGUGGAACCGCAGGGACGCGUGAAACAGCAGCGCGAAACGGUUUCAAAACCGCUUCAAAUCCUAGUUCUGCAAGCAGCACGACUGCAGCGUCAAAGCACCAAUCCGGCGAUGUAAGCCAGCAGUGGAAUGCGUGGCAUCGUCAAAUCGAGCGUUUGGAGGCUGCACGGAGGCUGCUUGCGGGAACAAGCUUGACCUCGAGCGCGGGAGUCGCCGCCGCGAUUGAGCGGCACGUCGCCUAUCUCCAAGUGCUCGACCAGUCCGGCGACGCCUGGGACAAGCUGUGCGCAGAGUACGUGUCCUUUGUUUCGAGCACCGACAAGGGCAAAAAGCUGCAAAAGAAGGGCGGCGUGCCGACGCUCCCGGCAGUGUUUCAUUGGCUCGAAGCCGGAACCAAGGCAGUCGAAGUCGCUCAUAGUAGCCUGGCCACCGAGCGUGCUACCGUUGUGUAUAACAUUGGCGCUCUUUACUCGCUGCUGGCGGCGAGCCAGGUCAUGUGGGAUACGGAUGGCAUUCGCCAAGCGUGCAAGUACCUCCAAAUCUCAGCAGCCAUCUUCCUGCAGCUGCGAGACGAGUUGGCACAGAGUCCAUCACCAACCACGGCCCGCGACCUCGAGCAAGAGACACUGGCCGUCAUGACACACCUGGCCAUUGUUCAAGCGCACGAGUGUCUGUGGACUGCCAUUGUUGUAUUUGCCGGAGCAACUGGCACCCUUCCCAGUGACUCUUCCCCUGGCAGCAGCGACCCUCUUGCACGCCAACAGGUGUUGUCAUCGCAGCAGCAGCAGCAGCAGGCACCCUCGUCUCCUUCUGGGCAGGCUACCAAUGGACUUGACGCGAUGGCUCAGGAGCUCAUCGACGGGAUGCAACGCGAGGAGUCCAGUGACGCCGUGGCAGCGAUGCCUGCUUCGUUGGCGUCGACGAUUUCUGCAGUCACGCUCUCAAAGGUCGCUGCUCACAUCGCGGACGAGUACCGGUUUCUCCUUCUUGGCCUGGGGGUUUCUCCCACAGCCAUCACACCCGCCGUGAUCGGGGCAGUUCCAACGCUUGCGCAUCCCUUUGCCGCGACUUCAUACGAGACGGGCACUUUUUACAAGCCCGCGAGCUCCACGCCAACGGGUCCAACCAAGCACGUUCGAAUCGAAACGUGCGAUGCGCUGGAGAGUCUUGUGCAUCGGGCCAGCCAGCGGAAGGCCAAGGAUCGAUUCCAGUUUCCGGCAGACUGGCAAUCGGUCUUUGAUGUCAAGCGCGAUUGGUUUUUGAGCGAGGCCCACCACUUUCGAGCCCGAGCACUGUUCAACAGCGAGGCGUAUGGUGACGCGGUCGUUCAUUCCGCCAUGGCAGUAUCUCUCGGUACAGCCGCAGUAGGUAAAGCUGCACACUUUAGGGUUCUCAACGAGAGCGCCAAGCACUGGGCAAUCGCACUGCGAGACCGGAUUUCGCCACAACAGGCGCGUUUUGACCGCGAAAACCGGACCGUGUACUUUUCUCGCAUUCCCGCUGGGUCUGAGCUGUAUCCGCCUGCACGAAGCUCAGUGCUUCGGCCGCUGACAGACCUUGUUCCGGGUAUUUUGAACGGUACGCUCGCUACUGGAGGUGUGCCAUUGACAAGGCCGAUCCACCAGGAAGAACAGACCCCGGCAAGAGAAACGGGUCAGCCGGACGAAGAUGGCUCUCGGAUCUCUGUCUCCAGUGCAGAAAAUCGUCCGCCUGGAACAGGGGAGGCGAACGAUACAGCUUUGGACAAACCAUCAGCGCAGCCUGCCACCAACCCAAAGAUGCUCGCGUCUCCCGAUCAGGCGGAGGCUCAAAUCACACCAAGGCAGCUGACCGCAGCCGAGCUGCAACAUGAAUUGACAGCGCGUAUUGCGGAGGUGCAGGACAUGCUGCACGACCUUGCCCUCAUCCGAAAUGCUCCUGAUCUCGCCAGCGCGGUGGCUUGCGACGAGUGUCAGCAAGUGUUGGUGUAUCUCGACUGUGUGGAAGAUUGCGAGACGUCGGAUUUUGACACCCUGGCACACUGCAAACUUCCCCAUUGCAGCGAGGUGCGACAGUUGUGGGAGCUCUUGUGCAAAGCGUCCAAGUCGAAAGCAACUGCCGAGUCAUCCGAGUCGCGCCGCACCAUCGAGCGUCUGACUGUGACAUUGACCCUUCUGGAUCAAAUCGAGGCCGCAGUGCAAAGCUCCAUUCACGAGCUUGAACGACUGGCGGAUGUGCUCGGCGAAGAGCCGCAACAAGGCGAGCCGUGCAGCGCGCGACGAGCCUCACUCCAUGCCACCUGCGAAGGCCAACUUGCCGCUUGCAAACUGCUUUCUGCCAAGCUUGAUCAGUACUGA